GCCACGACAAUGAACAGCAAGGUUUUCUUCAUUUUGGCUGCAGUGGCUGUGGCUGCUGCCGAUAGGCGACCAUACUCCUAUUCUGCGCCACAGUUUUCCUCUGAGGAAUUCGGCCCCGCCCACUACAACUUCGACUGGAAGGUAGACCACAGUGAUUCCGGCAACGACUUCGGCCACCAGGAAGCCCGCGACGGCGACGACACCCAAGGAACCUACUACGUGCAGCUCCCCGACGGCCGCCUGCAGACCGUCAGGUUCGCUGUCAACGGCGACUCCGGAUUCCUCCCUGAGGUGUCCUACGAAGGAGAGGCUCGUUACCCUGACUCCUCCGAGUCGUUCGAGUCUCGUGAGUUCCGUGGUUACGCCCCUCCAAGGCCCGUCUACGGUUAAUUAAUUUAUUGGAUUCCACUUCCGGAACCUCACAAAAUCUGGGGUUACGUAUUGAACUUAUAAAUUCCAUAUGAAACUACGAAGCUGUACUGAAUGUAAAUAUAUACAAAGAAAAUAUUUAUUUGAUAAAUAUGCAUUCUA